UCCAAUCACCACAUCUACUCAUUUCAUCUCUCCUUGUACACAACAAGCCAAGUGUACAAUGAAUACCUACGUUGCUGUAGCUGCCCUCUGCUUGUUCGCGUCCGUAAAUGCUGGAUAUGCGGGUAGUUAUGGACAAGACGGUGGUGAUCAAGGUGGUUAUGAAGGACAUUCCGGUUUCGGCGGAGGAAACGAAGGGCAUUCCGGAUUCGGUGGCAACGAAGGCCAUGGAGGAUUCUCUGGCAUAGAUGCUGGACACGGUGGAUUCUCUGGCGGAGACGGCGGACACGGUGGAUUCUCCGGCGGAGACGGAGGACACGGUGGAUUCUCCGGUGGAGACGGCGGACACGGUGGAUUCUCCGGUGGACACGGUGGAUUCUCUGGCGGAGACGGCGGCCACGGUGGACACGCCGUAUCCCAAACUGUAGAAAUCACAAAGCCAGUAGCGAUCCCAGUUUACAAACAUGUUGGUGUCCCAAUUCCACACUCUAUCCCAGUCCCAGUACCAAAACCAGUAGCUGUACCAGUCCCACACCCAUACCCAGUUCACAUUCACGUUCCACAACCCGUUGCCGUUCCCGUCAUCAAGACCAUCACCAUUCCCGUUGAGAAGCCAGUACCAUACAUCGUCGAGAAGUCUGUCCCAUACCCAGUAGAAAAGCCAGUGCCAGUCCAUGUUGAGAAGCACGUCCAAAUCCCAGUUCCAAGGCCAGUACCAGUCAAGGUCCCAGUCUACAAAGUCAUCUACCACCACAGCAAGCACUAAGAAGUUGCGCAACAAAAAUCAUCAUCUUUCAUCGAAAACCAUUC